UAUUCUGACAAAAGACUUUUGAGCUCGCCAAGUCUUCUAGAAUUAGAAUAGGGUUUUUCGCAGACUCCAGCCUGGGGAUUACAAACCUUAUCCGUGGUCGAAAUGCCUCCCUCCCGAGUGACGUACUGCUCUGUCCAUCAAAUUAUUUUACUUAGCUUUCGUUAACUUCGGCCGAAAAAAAAUGGAUUAUUAAGCGAAGCUAAAGUGCCAGAAGCUGAAGAACCACGAAUUUGACCAAGAACGCCGCAACGCAAUCGAUGCACAAAGUCAAAACUACGUCUCUCUCUCUCUCGUGUUUUAUCUUCUUCUCUGGCCAACAGUCGAAACUUUACAGUUCAGACACGAGCUCAUUGAAUUAAACUAAUCAUCUCUUAAUCAUGGUUGUGAACCUACGAAUCUUCCCAUGAGAUCAUCUCUUGUUCACUGACUUUGACAAUCAACAACCUCCCCCACCACCACCACCACCACCACCAUUUUUACACACACCCCUUGAUCACGGUUCGCAGAGCCUUCGUUCCCACUGCGAUCGUAAUCCCCGUCCCUCACGCGAUGCCCGCCGCCGCCGCCGCCGCCCUCCUCCUCCUCGCGGCGGCGCUGCCGCUGCUGUCCCUGUCCUACGCUGCCACGCGGUGCCCGGACUGCGGCUCCACCCCGGUCCCGUACCCGCUGAGCACGUCCCCGACGUGCGGCGACCAGUCGUACAAGGUCCAGUGCGAUGCCGGCGGGACCCUCCUCUUCGACACCGUCAACAACUCGUACCCGAUCACCUCCGUCGACCCGGAGAGCCAGCGACUCGUGAUCCAGCCCGCGAGCCUGCUCGCCAACACCUGCGUCACGUCCGACCUCGCCGACCAGGGCGUCCAGCUCAACUCCUCCUUGCCCUUCAACGUCACCAGCAGCAACACCAUCCUCUACCUCAACUGCACAACCACGCUGCUCAACUCGCCGCUGAACUGCUCGUCGGCGAGCCUCUGCCACACGUACGUGAACAACACGCCCGGCGCGGCGGCCUGCGGGGCCGCUCCGAUCUGCUGCACGUACCGGGCGGUCGGAUCCACGACGUCGUACUCGAUCCGGGUCAGAGACGCGGGUUGCCGGGCGUACACGAGCUUCGUCAACCUGGACACGAGCGAGCCCGUGAGCCUCUGGCCCAAGCCCGGGAUGGAGAUCCAGUGGGUGCUGCCCUCGGAGCCCAUCUGUGGGGCCCAGUCCGACUGCGACGGGAACUCCACGUGCCGGGCCGACCCGGCGGGGAGCGGGGUCAGCCGGUGCUUCUGCCAUGCCGGGCUCACGUGGGACCCCAUCCAAGGAGUUUGUGUGGAGAACGUGACAUGUCAAGAUCCGGAUGGCUGUGGAACGGACAAGACUCCUCUUAUUGCAGGUUUAACGUCCGGAAUAGGCAUGGCCCUUCUGGCAACCAUUGUUGCUCUAUUGCUAUACAGGCGUCAUCGGCGCAUUAAAGAGGCUCAAGAACGCCUCGCAAGAGAGCGUGAGGAUAUCCUCAAUGCCAAUGGUGGCAGAGCAGCCAAAUUAUUCACUGGAAAAGAAAUAAAGAAAGCGACGGACAACUUUUCCAAGGACCGGCUUCUUGGUGUUGGCGGUUAUGGCGAAGUAUAUCGAGGCAUCCUAGAUGAUGGCACUAUCGUCGCCAUCAAGUGUGCGAAACUCGGGAACACCAAAGGAACUGAUCAGGUCCUAAACGAGGUCCAAAUCCUGUGCCAGGUCAAUCACCGAAGUCUUGUUCGUUUACUCGGGUGCUGCGUCGAGCUUGAGCAGCCGCUCUUGGUUUACGAGUACAUCGAAAAUGGCACUCUAUUCGAUCAUCUCCGCAGUGAAGGAUGGGGUAAACUGUCAUGGACUCGUCGUCUCCAGAUUGCGCAUGACACAGCCGAGGGCCUUGCUUACCUUCACUUCUCGGCAGUUCCUCCAAUAUAUCACCGAGAUGUCAAGUCAAGCAACAUAUUGCUGGAUGAGAAAUUGACUGCCAAAGUCUCUGAUUUCGGGUUAUCUCGGUUGGCUCACACUGAUAUGAGCCACAUAUCGACGUGUGCUCAGGGUACGCUUGGAUAUCUUGACCCCGAGUACUAUCGUAACUACCAGUUGACUGAUAAGAGUGACGUCUAUAGCUUCGGAGUAGUGCUGUUGGAGCUCUUGACGUCUCAAAAGGCGAUAGACUUCAAUCGAGCGGCCGAUGAUGUGAAUCUGGCAGUCUAUGUGCAGAGGACAGUGGAGGAGGAGAGGAUAAUGGAUGUCGUGGAUCCGAUGCUGAAGGAAAAGGCAAGCACCGUCGACGUGGAGACCAUGAAGGCGCUCGGAUUUCUUGCCGUGGGAUGCUUGGAGGAACGUAGGCAGAACCGUCCUUCUAUGAAAGAAGUCGCUGAAGAAAUCGAGUAUAUCAUAAGUAUUGCAACGGCCAAAGUAGCAGAGAGUUAAUUCUGCAGAAUUAGGCACAUAGACGAAUGGUUAUGUUUUGUUUGCUUCUGUUAAUCAUGUGUGGUUGUUGUACGUGUCUUUUAGCACAGAGAUGGAGCCCCCCACGAUCCUGAAGUUAGGUCUCUCCAUGUAUAAUACAAAACCUCUAGAUACAUGUGCUUACUUCAGAAGGCAGUUUUUUCUACCGUAGGCUUACUUCUGUAUUUAGCACUAGUGGUGCCUUUUUUGACAGAAUCUACUGAUGAAUGAUGAAUCACUGUUCCAUUGUCAA